AUGCCGUGCCUUCCCCCCCCCCUCCCUCCUCCUCCCCCCGUCCAAACGAACACCGUCUCCGCGGAGUCGACAGACGUGAAAUCGAAAACGGAGAGCAGCGUACCUCCACCGUCUGAUGAUUUCACGCGGGUGCGCUCGCCAACCCGUACCGCAAAGAAAGAGGCCCGGGAGAUUGAUCCUUCUAAAUACCACACCCGUUUCAUCGCGCUCAAGUUCGCCUACUUGGGUCAGCGAUACAAUGGGUAUGAGCACGCAAACGGGAACGUGACGCCACUGCCUACAAUUGAGGAAGAGCUGUGGAAGGCCUUGCGCAAAGCGCGUCUUAUCUUCCCCACGACGCCCUCGUCGUCGACGGAUGACUUCGACGACUCUGAGCCAAGGGGGAACCGGCCCUUCACCAUCAACUGGGAGGGCUGUGACUACUCCAAGUGCGGGCGCACGGAUCGAGGAGUGAGCGCUUUUGGGCAGGUUAUCGGUAUCAGAGUCCGGAGCGCGCGGCCCAAACGGUCACCUACGAGUAAAAAUUCUUCUAGUAAACAGGAGCGUUUGACACAGCAGAGCACGUCAGACGCGACCGCUGUCAAUUCUCAGCAAAAUAUAACAGUCAAAGACGACUCCAGCGCCCUUACGAGCUCUGGGGUAGAAGAUAACCAUGACUCUAAUCCAGAAGAUGAUUGGGACGACAUUGCGGACGAGCUACCCUAUGUACAAAUUUUGAAUAAUCUCCUCCCAGAAGAUAUCCGAGUGCUGGCAUGGUGCCCUCAUCCUCCUCCCGGCUUCGAUGCUCGCUUCUCCUGUCGCGAACGUCGGUAUAAAUACUUUUUCACACAGCCUGCUUUUUCGCCUACCCCGGGCCCGUUGGGCUUCGUCAAAGGCGCUGCAAAAGACCGCAAUUUCAGAGAAGGCUGGUUAGAUAUUGAGGCUAUGCGUGAAGCCAUGAAACACUUUGUGGGUGUUCACGAUUUCAGGAACUUCUGCAAAGUGGACACCAGCAAGCAAAUCACCAACUUUGAGCGCAUAAUUUACCAUGCGGAUAUUGAGCUCGUUGAUCCGAAAACUCACCCACUGGGAUAUGUGGGAGAAGCCGGAUUUCGGGCCUUGGAAAACGGCACCGAUUCGGACAAGCCCGCAGGGUCAGAGGGUCAUCUGCCCUCUACGCCGCUGGUAUAUGCUUUCGAUAUCCGCGGAUCUGCUUUCCUGUGGCACCAGGUCCGUCACAUGGUUUCAAUCCUCUUCUUGAUCGGCCAAGGCCUUGAGUCACCAUCUAUCAUUCCUGAAUUGCUGGACGUGUCGAAAAACCCACGAAAGCCGACAUAUGAAAUGGCGUCCGAUGCUCCCCUUGUUCUAUGGGAUUGCAUCUUUCCCGACGAAAAGAGUGGUAGCCGGGAGGAUGCGCUGGAAUGGGUAUAUGCAGGCGAUCUCAGGAUGUCGAAAUCGUCGAAAUCGAAGUCGUCCAGUAAAGGAGAUGGCAAGUACGGUCUGGGAGGUGUUGUCGAUGGCCUGUGGUCUGUCUGGCGGCAACGCAAGAUGGAUGAGAUUCUUGCAGGAGCAUUACUCGAUUUGACUGUGAGCCAGGGUGACCGCAGCGUCGUCACCCGGGAUCCGCCGACAAAGCUACCACGCAGUCAGAAGGUCUUCUACGGUGGGAAUGAAGCGAAACUAGGGGGCAAAUAUGUCCCUGUGAUGGAAAAGAAGAAGCUGGAUCCCGUAGAGGUCCUCAACGCGAGAUACCUCGCAAGCAAGGAACGCAGAGCAGAGAAGAGUGUGGACGAUGGCAAUGAAGAAAUGUAG